UUGGUAAUCUAAUCGGCCCUUGAAAAUCGGCGACUGUAAGAUAGCAGAAGUUAUUGUUGAUUAAGGUGUUUGAGCGCAGUAUACGACGGUCGGACAAGGUCUUACAAUGGCGGAGAAAUUGAAGAAAAAGCCGGGGUUGUCUUUUGUUUUGAAACGGUGGAGUGGGGAAAAGAGGGCUGAUGAGCCUAAGAGUCCAAAGACGCCGGCGACCGCUCCCGUGCAACCCACGCAGACACAUUUCCGGCCCAAUGCUGCCAGUUCCAGGGGUGCGCAAGCAGACCUGAAGACUAAAAGGUUAUCUGCAGGAGGUAUCAAAGAGUUGGUGCAAUGCUCGCUGUGUCUGGAGGUGAUGUACAAUCCCAAGAUGUUGCCGUGCCAACACACCUUCUGCAUGGCUUGCUUACUAGUCUACAUUACAGAUAAACCAAUAAUCGAAUGUCCUACAUGUAGAGUGAAGAUCCAAGUCAAGGGAGCUAAUUUCGUCAAAGAUUUACCUUCAAACCUAUAUAUAGACUCCUUGCUGGAGAUGUUUGGAGUGAAUGGUGAGAACAAGAGUGUGCCGGCGUCUCCCGGCACUCCGACAACACCGACACAACACGUGGAGUUGCAUGCUGGAGGAGUCAGGUGUUCGUACUGUAAGACCAUGUGUGAUAGUAGCGAUAUUUCGGCUUGCCAGCAUUGUAAAAUGAGUUUCUGUAGGUUGUGCUGGUCACAACAUUUAGAUGACUUAAGGACGCAAAUGGGGUCGAUUCUUAAACAACUCGACUCUGCUGCUGGAAGGCUUGAACACAAAAUCGAACACUUUAAGGAUCGUUGUGAACGUAUAGUAGAACAAAUAAACCUUGCCGCUGAUGAAAAAAUAAACGCAAUAAUUGAUACUAAGAACAGCCUGCUUCGGGAGGCUUCGAAUCUGCAGAAAAAUGGAGAUUUGUCUGCUUUAGCCUUGAGGAAUACUUUAGAUGACACCAAAGCAGUUGCAUCAAAAUCUAUGGCUAACAAAGAUGACAGUAAAGAUAAAGUACAGGUGACAACGUUCAUAAACCUACAUCAAAAUGCGUUGCAAAUUCUGUCGGAUGUGUCGAAAUGGGACGUGGAAAGAUUCGUGUUUGACAAAGAGAACUUCCGAAUAGAACAAGAUUCGUUGACACCCGUUGAUGCGGAGUCUGAUGAUCCGCUACCCGAGUGUGGCAGGCAGAAUGAACCGCUGGAGAGCGAAGACAGCUUGGUCCUUCAUUAUAGGUCCCGCAACUUCUUACCUCACUACGUGUGGCGUAAAACGUCUCGGCCCGGCGGGGUCGGCAUCGGGCCCUGGGACAACCAUCUCUACGUGUGCGGCAUGGACUCCCACUGCGUGCUUGUGGUGGAGCGCUCACAGGCUCGAAUCGUUUCGCGGCUCACCUAUGAGGAAAUGCUGUACCCAGUGCAUAUUGCCUUCAUGAAGAGCAGUGGGGAGAUUUAUGUUACUGAUAAAUGGAAGCACUGCGUCCACGUAUUCUCCAAGGAGGGGGGGUACCUAAGGUCUAUCGGUCAGAAGGGCAGCAGGCCCGGAAUGUUCCGUUCUCCAGAGGGCAUAGCAACUGAUAAGAACAACAAUCAUCUGUACGUUGUCGACACUGGCAAUGAUAGAGUGCAGAUUCUCCAACCCGACGGAAAAUACGUGGACCAAAUAGGAGUGGUGAACAAAAUGCAAGCAGUAAACACAUCUACUGUUUGGGAGAAUAAGGAGGUGUUGUGUACGGAACUGAACAACCCCACCGGCGUGGCGAUCACUGGAGAUCGCGUCGUGGUCCUCGAUAGUGGAAACCGCAGAGUAAAGAUCUACAAUAAACAGGACAAGAGCAAAAUAAUCGAAUUCGGCGCUGUAGGACCGAGAAAAGGGCAAUUCCGCCAGCCGGAAGUCCUUGCAGUUGACCCUAUGGGCUUCAUCCUCGUCGGUGAUUCUGGUAACUGCAGGGUGCAAGUGUUCAAGCCAAAUGGGCACUAUGUCCGCGCGUUCGGUAGAAUGGGCUCCGAGCCCGGCAAAUUCGGCUGGAUAUCUGGCAUCCACGUCACCAAACAACUCGACAUCAUCAUAAGUGACACCAAGAACCGCAGCGUCAGUUUUUUUUAGACGAUAACAUUGACCUCGUAUAUAAACAAAUAGACUACCAAUCUCUGUAAAUAGUGUCCGUGGAUCUUCUUGUCACUCACUACAAUAGGGUGUCAAGAUCGAAUUUAGUCGUAGUAGGCGUAAUGACGACAGACACUGUACAACAGAUAUUGCUCUUUAUUUUAACAGCCAUAAUAUAUUAAUUUGAGGAAACGAAUUUAUACUCUCUACAUAACCUAUACGUACGCAUUUACAAUACGUUUCGGACCCCUUUUUUUUAGAAAAAUUUCUUAGCGACUGAGUCUAUUUGUUUAUGGUAUGUCAGUGGACGAAAACACGACCUUACAACCCACCAGAGACAAGAAAAGAAGAAGCUUUUAUAACAAGAUUUAUUAAGGAAAAAAAUUCCAUAAAAAUAAUACAUCUAAACUAAAUAUAUCUUACAAAUUAUAGCACUGUGUUACAUAAUUAAAAGAUUACAAUAAAUCAAUAAGUAAAAUCAAUUUCGUUUUAGAUCUGAUAAAAUUUUCUUAUCAGUAAUAACCUCGUAACGCCGAAGCAUAAUUACGAUUUCGAAGUAAUAAACGACGGCGGUACCUUGAAAAGGACCAAAUUUUUGUAGUCGUAAAGGCCGAGCACUUCAAGUACAAAUUUUAAAGUGUUAGAGUUAUCCGAUCGGGUUUAAAUUAAGUGGAGACCUAUGUAAGGAUGAAUAGAAGACAUUUUUGAAAAAAAUACGUUUUUUUUUUAGUUCUUCCAGAAGGACUCCCGGUUUGAGUCACUACUUUUAGUAAAAUUUGAAAAAUAUUAUUAUUAUAAAGGGUUAUGUAUUUUUUCAUUAACAUACAUACCUAUUUGUACGUCAUAAAUAUGUGUAUAUACUUACAUAUUUAAAUAUAAAAUAAGUAACGAGUUUUAGUUUUUAUGAUGUAGUUUGUGAUUAGUCCCUCUCGAAGUACAUUAGGUUUAUAUUAUUAGGAAAAAAAAAUUCAUGGUGUCAGUUUAGAUCAUCAUUAGAAGGAAAAAGGAAAUAAAAUGAAGACGGUAGUUUUUUUUAAUCAUAAGAUCACGUAAGCAAGUCAGUCUAUAUCGGUAUGAUUUAAUCACAUAUAACAAUUUAAAAAACUUUUUGAAAAAUAUCCGGACAUGACACCUAAAGUCCCUUGCAAAGGACUAAAAAAGUUUGCUUUCAUAUUGCUAACGAUAUCGAUACAAAAUUGAUAAAAUAACUAUGUCAUGUUGUUGAUUAUUAUCUUACCUGCGAUUUCUGAAAAUAAUGUGUAUGAAAAACUACCAAAUUCGAUUAUUAACUUGAUUUUUUUUUUACCUCGUCGCCGUGUGCGCGCCAUCUUUACCAAUAAAAUGACAAAUUACGACAAGUGAUACAUAUUUCUUUUUUAUUAAAGCCACCUAUUCACGAAAUUGAAUGAACUAGUUCAUAGACAAAAUACUUUUUUUCUCAAUCGGCGCAAAGGUUUGAAUUAAAUUGACAGGCAAAGUUUUGGUACUUUUAAAAGUACCUUCGUUGAUUAUUAGAACAAACUAUUUCAAAACCUUCGGCCUUUAUGACUACAAUUAUUUGGUCCUUCUCAGAGGACCCCAGGGCUUACGAGGAUAAUAU